CUAGUUCAUUUUACAGAGAAAGAGAGUAAAAGAUAUACAGUAGAGUUUUCUUUCUUCUUGUUUUGUUUCCUGCUUUGGGUUUUUGCCAUGGCUGGUUCUGCGGCAGCCAGUGAUCAGAGUCUGAGAGGAUCGGUUGAAAUUGGAAGGGAUGGGAAUGGAGUUGAGAUGAUUUUGCUUCGGAAUCCUAAGGGGGCUACUGUUGAGGUUAGUUGCCAUGGAGGUCAGGUUCUAUCAUGGAAGACACAGCGUGGGGAAGAACUGUUGUUCAUGGGUAUUGAUCUCAAGAUCUGGCCACACAAGUAUGUGCCUAUAUGCAUUGCAUUGUUCAAGUUUCAUCUUAGGGUGGCUCUGGCAGAUGAUGGAAGCCUGAUUCUGGUUUCACGUGUCCGGAAUGUCUGUAGCAAGCCAUUCACUUUCACAUUUGCGUAUCUCGCGUGUUUGGCUGUCUCUGAUAUUGGUGAAGUGAGAGUAGAGGGAUUGGAAACUUGUGACUAUCUUGACAGCCUUAAAGGAGGGAUGCGCUCAACCGAACAAGCAAUUUCCUUGUCAUUUGAUUCUGAGGUGGAUAGGGUCUAUGUAGAAGCAGAAGGUGUCAUUGAAGUGUUAGAUCAUGAAAAGAGACGAACCCUGAAAAUAAAUAGAGAAGGACUUCCAGAUGUUGUGGUGUGGAACCCAUGGGAUAAGAAAUCCAAAGCCAUUGCAGAUUUUGAAAAGAAUGACUACAAGAGAAUGGUAAGUGUCAGUGGGGCAGCAAUUGAGAAGCCAAUCAAAUUGAAGCCAGAGGAGGAAUGGAUGGGACGUUUGAAGCUCACUCUCAGCCUUUCAACUAGAAUAGAGGAGUCGUCUUCAAAGUCCGGCUGCUCAACUUCGAUGUAAAUAGGCAACAAGUUGGCAACUUCAAGGCCAGAAUCAAUUUUGAAUUCAUUGAUGAGAUUACUACUGAAACAGCUUAGGUCAUUGUUUGAGUUUCGCCUUCUUCAUUGAAAACAAGUUUUCUUGGAAUUUUGUAAAAGCAAUUCAUUAAGCAGAGUUGGGCAUUUUAGUGCCAUGAAAGUAGUAAGAUUUUUGCUCUCUUUAUUUGUUGGUGAUGAUGGGUAUUCCUUAACUAACCUAUAAAAAUAAACUGAAAUU